AUGGUGGGGAACGAUCUGUUGCUGCCGGAGGUUAUCUUCGAUCCGGAGGUUAUCAUAGAUGUCUCUAAAAGCACCCGAGAUGCUCUCGCUGGACUGGCAGAGAUUGACAUGGAUACCCCAGCGUGCGUCGUCUUCUCGUCUGGCUCAACUGGUCUCCCAAAGGCCAUCCAGCUCCCGCACCGCGCGCUGUCCACUUCGGCGUAUCACCUCUCCACCACCGGCCAUCUCUCUCAAUGCUUCCGUGUCUUCCACUUUGCCUCGUUUGCAUUCGACCUCCCCAUCGGCGAACUGUUGUUCUCACUCAGCGCGGGUGCGACGGUCUGUUUGCCGACCGAGGAAGAGAGACGAGCGAACCCGUCCAAAGCCGCUGGAGAUUUGGGCGUGACGUGGGCUCUGCUGACACCCUCCGUAAUCGGCCUGCUUGACCCCGAAGAAGUGCCUACGCUGCGAGUUCUGGCGUCGGCGGGGGAGCAACUUACGACGCAGAUCGUGGAGAGAUGGGCAGGGAGGGUGAGUUUGUUCAACAUGUAUGCGCCGGCCGAGUGUACCGUCAUCUCGCAUAUUUCGCGCAUUUUACCAGGUGCAGAUACACCGCCGGCGUGUAUUGGUCGCAGUCCCGGCGCCGUAUCGUGGGUGGCCAGCCACAACAAUCACGACAAGCUCGUGUCGAUCGGGACCAUUGGCGAACUGCUCGUCGAAGGCCCCGUCGUGUCGUCAGGAUACUUUGGAGACGCCGGGAAAACGGAUGCUAUCCGCGGCGAGGCUCAGGGCGGCAAGAUUGGCAGGGUGUACAAGACGGGGGAUCUGGUGAGGCAAAGAGAAGAUGGCACUUUGCUGUCCCUCGGACGCAAGGAUGAUCAAAUUAAGCUACACGGGCAGCGGCCAGAGGUUGAGGAAGUGGAACACAGCAUUACCUUGCUGUGCUCGAGUGUCCGUAAGGUGGCGGUGGAUUGUGUCAAGAUCACGGAGAAAGGAGGAGGGAAGAGAGCGUUUUUAGUGGCUUUUGUCGCGCCGCAUGAGUUUGAAGAUUGGGGAGAAGUCGGAAAGGAGGGUGGACUGGAAGACACCCUACCCUCAUACAUGCUCCCCUCAUACUUCCUUCCCUUCUUGAACAUUCCCCUCAGCUUGUCCGGGAAAGUGAACCGCAAACUGUUACGGGAAGAAUCGACGACUCUCCUUGGCAGCCAGGAUCACAGGGAGAAGUACCAAUUUCGCACACGCACAGCACGCGAGCAAGCAAGAGACGGAGAGCAGGUGUUACCUUUGGAUGCGGCACGACUGCCCAUCAACGGCAACUUCUUUGGCAUAGGCGGUGAUUCCAUCUCGGCCAUGCGUGUGGCUGCGCUCGCUCGACGCAAGGGACUUCGGCUGGGCGUCGCCGAGAUCUUUAAGCACCAGAUCCUAUCACAAAUUGCAGCUUCUUGCUAUCCAGAGUCAAACACAAACAGCACCUCUCGAGAUUUGUCCGAAAGCUCGUCGACCACCGACAGCAACAGCGAAAAGGCCCUGGGAUGUGAACUACCGCCUGGUCUGCCACAGGAAGUGGCGCAGCAAGUGGAAUUGGCUCUCCCCGCGACAGAUUUCCAGACAAUGAUGCUGUACAACUUUUACUCGCGCUAUCUGUGGGUUUCGCUUCCGGACACCAUCAACACCAAAAGGUUACAGUAG